GGAGGAGGAGGAGAAGGGGGCGGGGCUGUGGUCUGCAGAGGCAGCAAUGUCGGGUCCGCGCGUCCUCCCUCAGAACAAAGAGGCCCUGCUGCAGUCCUACAACAAGCGCCUGAAGGAUGAUGUCAAGUCUCUCAUGGACAACUUUGCUGAGAUCGUCAAGACCGCCAAGAUUGAAGAAGAAACCCAAGUGUCUCGAGCAACGCAGGGCGAGCAGGACAACUACGAGAUGCAUGUCAGGGCUGCCAACAUUGUCCGGGCUGGUGAAUCUCUCAUGAAGCUGGUCUCUGACCUAAAGCAAUUCCUGAUCCUCAAUGACUUUCCUUCUGUCAAUGAAGCCAUCAACCAGCGCAACCAGCAGUUGCGUGGACUGCAGGAAGAAUGCGACAAGAAGCUGAUAGCGCUGCGCGAUGAACUCUCCAUUGACCUCUAUGAGCUGGAAGAAGAGUAUUACUCUUCCAGCUACAGCCUGUCUGAUACCACCGACCUCCCUCUGUGUGAAGCAUACUGGAGACAGGAAACGGGUGCAUCGUCUCCAGAGAGCCUCUCCAUGCCCCUAGCAGCUGCCAUGAUGGAGCAGAACCUUCCAGCCCCUCAAGGCUCCACACCUUCACACCCGCACAUGAAUGGGCACGGAGCGGGCCCCACGGAGCAUGCCUGAAAGGGAAUGCACCUAUCCUCAACCAUGUGGGCUUUGGAGGUUUGGGCUGCUGUGUUGAGGCAACCUUCCUCCCACCUAAAGCUUCUCGGAUUUAGAACCUCACCUGCUGUUUUUUGCAUGAGGACUGGCUGCAUGGCCCCAAGGAACCUACUUCUUUAUUGAUGGAAUUGUCCACUGACUACAGGCUGACAAUUUGAAUUACAAUUUCUAAAUAGGAAUGUUGGAUUGAGGCACCAAGGAUUUUUUUUAAUUCUAAAAAGGGAAGGCGUGAAUUGUAUGUGGCUCUUCAAGUGAUGAACUGCAACAUCAGCAUAGUCAAGGAAGACUGAUGGGAGUUAUAGUCCAGUGGCAUCUGACUGGUCCCUCCUCCCACCCCAAGUUUUGUGCUUUGGUACCUGUAAGAUUAUUAAUUCACUCGAGUCUGUAUUUUCUUACCUACCCAGGUAAGCCUCCCAACUUCCUUCAUGGUGGUUCGGCUGUGUAUGAAGGGAGGAGCCUUCUCCUGAUUUUACACUUUCUAAUCUGCCAGCAGCUACUAAUUAAAUAAGAAGAGGACCAUUGUCCCACUUCCUAGAUUUGUGCCAUCAAAGUCGUUCCCUCCUGAAUUUAUUUGGGUGGUCCUUACAGGCACACUGAAUGUAUGUAAAGCAAACCUAUCGUCUUUUGGUGGGGUUUUCGAGCUAUGUAGCCAUGUUCUAGAAGAGUUUCUUCCUCUUCUAGAACAUGCCCACAUAGCCCAAAAAAAAAACCCUCACAAAAAAAAACUAUGGAUGCCGUCCAUGAAAGUCUUCGACAUCACAAACCUACUAUCCUUUCCAUUUUUGGGGUAGGCACUCUGCACUUCACCUUCAGGGCAGCUGGGGAUGCAGAAAUACGUCUUGGCCGUAACAAAGAAAUUAAAAAAGGUUGGGUGGGGGGGAGAAGCUUCAUUUGGUUGAGUGGCAGGCAAAAAAUAAUGCUGGCAGCCCGCAAGCUCAGUGCUUCCGUGUUGCUCUGAACUUAGAAACCAUUGGUGGUCUCUGGGUGGACAUAUGUGGGCAAAGCAGCCCCAGAGUACCAGCCCUACUGGAGUAUGCUUGCUUUCUCUUCCAGUAUUCUGACUCUGGGUUUGUGGCAUCACUAGGGGGGCAUGACAGGUGCUGAGUGACACCCCAGAAGAGGAGUGGCACCCAAUUGGGCCCUUCUGGCUCUGCCACUUGGCCGCUCUGCGUGACACCAGGGUGGGAUGCCCAGCUCUGGAUCAGUCGAAUAAGCAGAGACUAGAGGCUCCUUCUCUUCCAGGCAGCCCUCUGCUCUCCUCCCUGGGUUGGGGAGUGCCCAGUCAAGAUGGCCGUCUCCCAGUUCCUGGGUCGGCUGGUGUCAGACUUGAGUACAUUCAGAACCAAUGUGAACCAAUCAGUCCAGGUUUUUGAAGAAUAGCAAAGAACUUUGUUGAAUACAUAUAGUAAUUCACCAGCCAGCGUUUAAGCCGAAACUACCCCCUAAUAGCCAAGCAGUAUAUUAAAACCCCAAAAAUCUAAACCCCACCUUAACCCCAUUUAGCACCCAAACUAGCACCCACUUCCAAUUCCCAUG